AUGGAGGCACUGCUUAAAGAGUACAUGGCAAAGAAUGAUGCAAUCAUUCAAAAUCAAGCAGCCCUCCUUCAAAGAAAGCUGAAGCAAAACGGACUAGAGAGACCUCCACCCCCAUUUUCACAAAGAUUUCAGACUCAAAAGCAAGAUAAGCAGUUCAGGAGAUUCAUAGACGUGUUAAAGCAACUCCACAUCAACAUUCCACUUGUGGAGGCGUUGGAGCAAAUGCCUAAUUACGUUAAAUUUAUUAAGGAUAUUCUUUCGAAGAAACGUCGGCUAGGUGAGUUUGAGAUGGUGGCACUAACCGAAGAAUACAAUGCGAUAUUGAAGAAUAAGCUACCACCCAAGUUGAAAGAUCCUUGUAGCUUCACUAUACCGUGCUCCAUUGGUGAUCAAUAUGUUGGAAAGGCAUUAUACGACUUGGGAGCAAGCAUCAAUCUGAUGCCUAUGUCUAUCUUCAGAAAGCUGGGAAUUGAUAGGGAGGUGCCUAUUAUCUUGGGAAGACCCUUUUUAGCUACAGGCAGCACAUUGAUUGAUGUGCAAAAGGGUGAAUUGACCAUGAGAGUCCACGAUCAGCAAGUCACUUUCAACGUGUUCAAGGCAAUGCGUUUUGCUGACGAGGUGGAGGAAUGUUCAGCUAUUAAUGUUCUGGAUUCACUGGUGGCGGCAGAGUUUGAGAAAACAUGCUCGGAAAAGCUAAUAAAAGAGGAUGACCUGACUGAUUUUGAGGUAGAUGAGGACAACAAUGAUGGUCAAGUAUCAUGGAUGGAGGGUAGACACACAUCAGCCAGCUCUAGGAGGCAAUUCGAACCAUUGGAAUUAUCAGAAAGGCCCUUCAAGCAACAUAAACCCUUUGUGGAAGAACCACCUAUUUUGGAACUAGAGCCUCUACCUGCACAUUUGAGGUAUGCAUACUUGGGUGAUUCAAACACUCUUCCAGUAAUCAUUGCUUCUAGACUAAGUGAUAUACAUGAAAUGCAACUGCUGGAGGUGCUAAAGAAGUUCAAAUGGGCGAUUGGGUAG